UGCCGCUACCCUGUGGUGCGAGGGAUGAUAUCAUAUGCCAUUAUAUGGCCCUGCUGUAGCCUCACACAGGAAUACCUAGAGUUUGGUACCCCUAUAUUUGAGGCAAAUUGGCCGAGGGCCGCAAGGUUUGGUUUCUUUGGAGCAUUCUUCAUGUCUCCGGUGUUCUACAAUUGGAUGAGGAUUAGCAGCAAGAUGAAGAUAUUCCGUCGGAAGACCCUGGGCACUGCCAUCAAGAGGGCACUCAUAGAACAAGUCAGCUACGGUCCUUUAGCUCUCUGCUACUUCCUCUUCGGUAUGAGUGUCCUUGAAAUGAAGACCUUGGACGAAUGCGUGAAAGAGGUCAAACAGAAGUUCUGGAUCACAUAUAAGACAGGGGCGAUCUACUGGCCCGUGACACAGACCUUGAAUUUCUACUUUGUGUCUGAAAAGAAUAGGAUCAUAUUUGUUAGCCUCGCCAGUUAUGUAUGGACAUGUUACUUGGCUCAUAUCAAGUCGAUGCAUUAG